AUGUGGGCGAGGUGUACUUGGGUGUACUUGCCCUCACCUGGUAGACAUCAUGUUUUCCUUCCGGUUCACAUCUCGCUGUUUGCUGGCGCUGCACACCAGCCGCGUACUAAUGCGCUCUCGAAUGAUGCGCUUAACGACGCACUAAUCGCUGAUCGAUCCUUCUUGUGUCGCCAUGUACCUGGGGAUCAGAAAGGGGAAAUUAAAGACGGUAAGCCCCGCUCCCUCAGAUUCACUUGGAAUAUGAGAACCACCAGCUCCAUGGAGCCCUGCGACAUCAUGAGGGAGAUCCGCAAGGUGCUCGACGCCAACAACUGCGACUACGAACAGCAAGAGAGUUUCCUGCUCCUCUGCGUCCAUGGCGACGGGCGGGCCGAGAACCUGGUCCAGUGGGAGAUGGAGGUCUGCAAGCUCCCCCGUCUCUCCCUGAACGGCGUCCGCUUCAAAAGGAUAUCCGGGUCGUCCAUCGCUUUCAAGAACAUUGCUUCCAAAAUAGCCAACGACUUAAAACUAUGAACAAAAGGACUUAAAAGAUAAGUAAA